GAAGAGGAUAUUGUCAAAGCUGUGAAAACUACAAAUGCUACACAUCUGAAGAUAUGCCUGAUUAAUUUUUUUUGUCGUGCUACAAUAAUUUAUACAUGAAAUUAUUUAGAUGAAAUUUGAGACAAAACACAACAGUUGCAAGAAGUUACAUGUUAUAUAAGGACACUUUUACCAUAUUUGGUAGAACAAUAGUUAGACAUUACGUAAUGCGAAAUCGCCUGAAGUAGAACACGAACCUUGUAGACCUCAAUUAAUGGAUACAUAUCGCCGAAUCGAAUUUACAUUAAUGUUGGAAUAAGAGCGCAGUAUUUUGAUGAAACACAGUCCUCAAAUCGGCCUCAGUAUAUUUCAAAAUGUACUUUUUCAAAGCCUUUUUUGGAGUUAUCAUCACCAGAAAAAUUGUUGUAAAUAAGAAAUUAGGAAUCAAGCCACUUAACAGGUGAUAAUGAUUACGUGAAAAUAUUUUAGAGAUUACGUAAUAAAGUUUCGAAAAUACUUCCACGAGUACAUAGGGUGUCCAAAUAAUUAGAUUACAAGCAUCACAUGACCUGUUCCAACCAAUCAGUAAAACUGUCAAUCAAAGAGUCUCAAACCGUAUAAAUACCCCGCCACUCCCUGCAUUUGGUGAAGAAGACAAGCUGGCAUGAGCCUGAAGGCCGUUGUUCAUCGAAUGAAAAAAUGUCUGAGCAAAGUGAGGAGCCAAGGCGAAUCUUUAUUCCCGGAGGUCGCGGAGGUCGCGGAGGUCGCGGAGGCCAGAUCGGCAGAGAGGGACAAAGAAGAGGAGGACAAAGAGGAGGGGCGAUAAACAUUGACGUGGGUGCGGUGCACGAUAACAACAUCAAUGCAGCAAGGAAUGAACCUCCCGAGCAAAGUGAGGAGCCAAGGCGAAUCUUUAUUCCCGGAGGUCGCGGAGGUCGCGGAGGUCGCGGAGGUCGCGGAGGUCGCGGAGGUCGCGGAGGUCGCGGAGGUCGCGGAGGCCAGAUCGGCAGAGGGGGACAAAGAAGAGGAGGACAAAGAGGAGGGGCGAUAAACAUUGACGUGGGUGCGGUGCACAAUAACAACAUCAAUGCAGCAAGGAAUAAACCUCCCGGUCAACCAAGAAGAAUAUACUCCCUUUCGUACACGAAGUUGCAAGAAUUCAGCAACAUGAAACCGGAUGAUGCAAUUCUGGCGGUGGUCACUUACAAAGAAGCCCUAGUGACAUUGCUAAGAAAACGGAAUCUACAGCUUGAUUGGGUCAAGGCGGUAACAAAAAUAUUUUCAAAUAUUUUGCAGUCAAGCAUGACGAGAAAUGUGUUUGACAUCGUGAGUUUAUUACCAGGCUCUCUCUUUGUCAAAGAAACACUGCUUAGGGCAAUCCAAGAAUUGCCUGUUGUUGCUAUAACAGGGUUAAAUAAUGAUCAUGAGGAGUUCCUUCAGAAUGUUAUCGAUAUAUUUCAAAGAGUCUGUCAAUCGUUCCCCAGCUCUGUCCAGGAUCUGCCAGUUGACAAUUUGCUUUCAGUUGCAAGCAGGGUUCCACUUGAAAACAAAGAUGAAAUUUUGACAAAAAUUGGAGACUUAAUAAACCGCCGUGACCAAAUGAUAGCCGAAAGGCUUGAUAGUGAGUUGAACCAAAGAGGAGCGGCCUUUAACAGCCAAGGACCACCGCCUGAGGAUUUCAGAGAGCUUUCUGCUGGGCCAACUCUAGAAGACAUUCGUCCGGAAAAGAAACCUUAUCUUCGACCGAUUAAAUCAAGGGGUAAAUAUUCAGAUGGCGAAGAAUACUUGGACGUUCAGUUUCGCCUCCUCAGAGAGGAUUUUAUUGCACCUCUUCGUGAAGGUAUUGGGGAAAUUCGCAGUUCGUUGGCACGAGCUGACAGAAGUCAGAACAUGAAAGUAUACAGAAAUGUAAAGAUUUUGUUUCCAAAUUUCACAGGAGGAGGAAUAACGUACAAAAUUUCCUUCGAUGUCACUAAAUUGAGGCAUGUCGUAUGGCAGCAUUCACGUCGUCUGAUCUUUGGUUCCCUUGUCUGUUUCUCGGCAGACAAUUUUAAAACAUGCUUCUUUGGAACUGUAGCAGAAAGAGAGGUAAAAGAUCUUUCGAGAGGAGAAAUAAAUGUGAAGUUUAUGAAUGGUUUGGAUGAUGUAAUUGAUGCAAAAAUAGACGAAGAAUUCGCAAUGGCUGAAUCACCAUCGUAUUUUGAGGCCUAUUAUCAUGUUCUUCGAGCUCUUCAGGACCUCAAGGGUGAUAAAAUCCCGUUUACCGAUUACAUUGUUUCUACCGUACAAAUAUCGAAGAACCCAAAGUAUAUCAGGUAUGAUCUGGCUGUAAAAGAAUACAAUUUCACAGGAUGCCUGACGGAAAGAAACAUCAAAUGCCGUACCACACUUCUCAACACUGAGUCACAUCUGGAAGAAAGUCUUCUAAAUCCAUCACAACUCAAAGCUUUUCAAAAGGCACUUUCUCGUGAAUUUACAAUUAUUCAAGGUCCACCAGGGACGGGAAAGACUUUUGUCGGCCUGAAAAUCGUUCAAGCUCUCUUGAUGAAUCAACCCAUCUGGGAAGGUAAUGGACGGGCAAAUAUACUGAUUGUUUGUUACACAAACCAUGCCUUAGAUCAGUACAUCGAAGGAAUAAUCAAAAUGGGUUAUCACGAUAUCAUAAGAGUUGGGGGCAGAAGCCAGAGCGAAUCUGUGCAACAGUUUAGCCUGAGAAACAAAAAAAAGUGCAUAGACAAUAGCAGUAUCAAAACCAUUAGUUCUGCAAUAGGGAGGGCAAUAAGUAGAAAGUAUGAGCUGAUGGAUGGUAUGGAAGCUAUAUUAAGAGGCUUGGAAAAUCUUGCGCAUUCCCAGAUUCAUGGGCGGAUAGCUGACUUGAAUGCAAUUUUAGAGUUCUUGCCCCCUAUUCUACAACACUGGUUCCUCGAUAUGGAAAAAAGUUAUCGUCAAUUAGAUGUACCUUUUUUGGAAAUGUUUCUGGGAUUGUUCCCGUUUCACGAAGGGCGUGCACGCAGUACAUAUAGAAAUGUAAGACGCACUGAGGCUUUGCAGAGAAGGUUUGCAAAUGCAAUGCACGGAGGCAUGGGCGAAGAAGGGAAUUACGAUCAAGAGAACGAUGAUGCUAUAGACAUAGCUGGAGACACAGAAGCUUUGGUUGAUAGAUGGGCAAUGGAAAUGGAUCAAUUUACCCCGUUUGUUAAUGAUCGAAAAACAUGGACUGAGGAGGAGCCUGACGAGGAUUAUCAAGAAGAGUUCAUUGACGAAGAUGGCUUUAAACUUGUUGUCCCAAGCAAACGAGAGAGAAGGGCACUUGCAAAACGACAAAUGAAUAAUGCAGAGCCGAUGACAGCGGAUCAGGUAAACUCGAUCGAAAAUCCUAUGGAUUUGAAUGUAAACGAACGCUGGAGGCUGUACAAGUACCUCCUAGAGAAGUACAAUCGCAAGUGCAAAGAUAUAUUGUUACCAGUGUCAAGAGAAUAUGAUGAUUGCUGUGAAAAUGUCAAGGAACUAGAGGGUAGAAAAGAUGAGCAUUGUAUGAAGGCAAGCAGGGUUAUUGCUAUGACAACAACAUGUGCUGCAAGGUAUCGUCAAGUGCUUGGACGAAUACAGCCAAAGAUUAUAAUAAUCGAAGAAGCCGCAGAGGUGUUGGAGGCACAUGUUCUUACUUCAUUGCAUGAACACACUGAACACCUGAUUUUAAUCGGGGAUCACAAACAGCUUAAACCAAAACCAUCUGUCUACAAACUAGCUAAAGAAUAUCAACUGGAGGUCUCUCUUUUCGAAAGAAUGGUUAAAAAUGGCAUGGAUUGUCACUGCCUUGAUGUCCAACACAGAAUGCGACCAGACAUUGCCCAUCUUCUGCAAGACAUAUAUCCAGGAUUGCGAAACCAUCCAUCAGUCAAAGAGUAUCCUGACGUGAAAGGAGUUAGCAGCAACUUGUAUUUCAUUGACCAUCGUCACAAAGAAAGUGAGAACAUUGAACUGAAGAGCAAAUCCAAUCAACACGAGGCCGAAUACAUUGUCGCUCUGUGCUGGUAUUUGCUAUUACAAGGAUAUUCGCCGAAGCAAAUAACCAUUCUCACUUUGUACACGGGGCAGCUUAUGUUGCUCAGAAAAUUGAUGCCCAGAAAGAAAUUCGAGGGAGUUACCGUCACAGCUGUCGACAACUUCCAGGGUGAGGAAAAUGACAUCAUCUUGCUUUCACUUGUAAGAAGUAACAACGAAGAAAAAAUCGGAUUUGCUGGAAUUGAAAACCGAAUCUGUGUCUCUUUAUCGAGAGCAAAGCAAGGGAUGUUUGUAAUUGGCAACCUAAAGCUACUCGGAAGCCAAAGCGUGACAUGGGAACGCAUACUUGCACGAGCAUCUGCUGGCAAAUUCGUAGGAGAGUUUCUUCGAAUAUUCUGCAGGAAUCACCCAGACAGGUUUAUUGAUGCUGCAAAAGCUGAAGAUUUCAAUGCAGCGCCCGAAGGAGGAUGCAAAGAGCAGUGCACAUUCAGAUUGAACUGUGGUCACGUAUGCCAAAAAGCUUGCCACCCAGUUGACAUGGAGCAUCUUCAAAUCACAUGUCAAAAGAAAUGCAAAAAGAUUCUUUGCGAAACUCAACACCGUUGUGAGAAAACCUGCCAUGAUGGAUAUGAAUGUGGCCCUUGCAAGGUAAAGGUUUCAAAAAUUGUUCCUCAGUGUGGUCAUGAGCAAAAAGUUCCAUGCUCUCAGGAUCCCGUGUCGUUUAACUGCUUGUAUCCCGUGAUCAAGGAGCUGAGAUGUGGUCACAGCCUUAGUGUUCACUGCCAUAUCAAAGAUCCAAAUCUCAAGGCAAUCUGCUUAGAGAAAUGUACUGAAUUGCUGGAAUGUGGUCAUCCAUGUAAUGGCACAUGCAAUGAAUGUCAUCAAGGAAGAUUGCAUAAAAAAUGCACCAAGAAAUGCAAUCGCAUGCUGAUUUGUGCCCACCUGUGCAGCGAGCCAUGCUCAAAAGAAUGCCCCCCAUGCAAUCAGCCCUGUGCAAUGGGAUGUAUUCACAGCAAGUGCAGCAACGUCUGCGGUGAACCAUGUCCACGAUGUCAAGAGGAAUGCCAGUGGAGAUGCGAGCACAAAAUAUGCACAAAGCUCUGUUCCGAGAUGUGUGACAGAGAUCCCUGCAAUGAGCCAUGUAAAUUACCACUAGCCUGUAACCAUCCAUGCAUCGGACUGUGUGGUGAGAAAUGUCCCUCACUCUGUCGUUUCUGUAACAGGGAGGAAGUAGAGGAUAUAUUCUUUGGCAAUGAAGACGAAGAAGAUGCAAGAUUUUUGGAACUUGUAGACUGCCAUCAUAUCUUUGAGGUCGAAGGCUUGGACACAUUCAUGGCCUUGCAACAAGAUGAAGAAACAUCAAUCCAAAUAAAAUCAUGCCCUAAAUGCAAAACACCAAUAAAGCGCAGCAUGCGGUAUGGCAAUAUUCUCAAGCGCUUAACGGAAGAUUUGGAUGCAGUAAAAAAACAGAUGAUUGCUCAAAGGCGCAAAGCAGCAAAAGGUAUCUUGCAGGAUCUGGAAGCUGUGCUACGUCCCUUGCAAAUAAACCCCAACAUAAGCAAUGAAAUUAGUACUCUGAUUGAAGAUAAACUUAACAGAGUUGAACAAGCAAGUGAAAAGCAGAAUGAAAGGGCAGCAGAACUAGAAACAAUAAGCGAAACACAGGUAGAAUGCUUAAAGAGAAUCAACAAGCUUCGUUUACUCCGAGUGGGUUGUGAAACAAUUAACAAGGAUGUUUUGCAGCUGUUGCAACAUUUGCUUGUGAACAACGCGUCAGUACAACAACUGCUUGAUGCGAUUCUAGAACUGAAGCGACUCUUUUUGUACCAAAGCGUCAUAGAAACCAGAAAACAAAUUGGAGCUAGACUGCAAAUGGAGGAGCUCGAACACUGUUUGAGCCGACUGCAAAGUGGAAACAAAAUCAACAAAGAUGAAAUGAAUGAAAUGAGAAGCAACAUUGAUGCUGUCCGUAAAAAAUUCAGUUUGGGCAUAAUUAGCAGGGAAGAGAAGACCAUGAUUAUAAAAGCAAUGGGAUUCUCGAAAGGUCAUUGGUUUAAGUGCCCUAAAGGACACGUCUAUGCGAUUGGUGACUGCGGAGGAGCUAUGGAGGAAUCUAAAUGCCCAGAAUGCAAAUCGGUUAUUGGAGGACAACGACAUUCACUUGCGUCUGGUAAUACUCACGCGGGCGAUUUUGAUGAAUCAAACUACCCAGCAUGGUCAGAGGCCGCCAAUUUGGGAAAUUUUCAUCCAGAUGAUUUACAAUUCUAAAAACAGGUAAUGUUAAAAAGUUAAGACUUGGUUAGUUAAAAAAACAAUGAUACAUUCUAUCCUUCGUUGAAAUAAUUAAAAAAUAUCAUAUAUAGUCCAAAAUGUUAUUGAAAAUCGACCUCUAUCCAGAAAGUUGAAUUUCACUAAAUUAGUCGUAGAGAGUGCUACACUGUUUUUGCGUAGUACAAAAAUGAUUCACUAUAACGUUGAAUUCAGAUAAUAUUUUGAAAUAAAAUUGAAUUUCUAGCCUCAGCUUGAUUUAGAACAAUUAUCCCUGUUUGUUUGUACUGAAUACAAUUGAGUUGAAUCUAGAGUAGUAGUCGUAAAUUCUAUUAGCUUUGGGUUUCUAAUACUUUGCAUUAGACAAAAAACAAUCAUCAAUGUUUUUGCCAACUAAGUAAAAGUGAGUUGUAUCAGGCGCAGUGAUUGUAAAAUUUCAUUAAAAGCCAUCGUCAAGGUUUUUCCAACUAGGUAAUACUGAGCUGUUUCAGGUGCAGUAAUCGUAAGAUUUUAUCAGCCUUUGAUUUCUAAUACUUUAUAUCAGACAAAACUCCAUCGUCGAGGUUUUUGCCAGCUAGGUAAUAUAGAGUUGUAUUACGCGUAAUGAAGGCAAAUUUUACUAAAUCUAGGUUUUUAAUAUUUUGCAUCAGAGAAAAGCAACUGUAUAGUUUGUUAAAACAUUAAUUUAAUCAGGGUAGCCUGGCCAUGCUGCAAUUUAUAAAAAAGGAGGUAUUUUGCUUGUAAUCAGAACCACUAUUUACUUAAUACUGUUAGAAUCAUCUAUUAUAGCAUAUCUUUCUCACAGACCAAUAUCUCAUUAUACGAAUCAUUUGGCGCCAAACUGUAUCAUCAGUUCUCAUUGUCUUAGGAUAUCAUAUGUGAGAAGAGACACUGACAUUGGCACAACAGCAAACAGCUCUUGAAAAGCUUAUAAAAAAAGCAUGUUUCGCUCAAGAUACAUCGGCAUCACCAUACUGUUCUCUUGAGUUCUCUCCUUUCGUAUUUUUUCUUUUUAAUUUUGAAAAAAUUUUGUUUAAUCGCUUUACAAAAACGUCAAUCUCGCUUCGCUGGAGUCCAACGGCCGCAGCAGCAGUCAUGUAUGAGAAAGGGUAAUUAUUUGAAUGGGAUCCCCAAUUCUCAAAUGUGUAAGAGCCAAUUGUCUUGGAAUCACCAGCUGCAA